AUUCUUGCUCUUCUCCUCGCCACCAUGUUCCCAAAGACGCUGCAUCAACGAUUAACCCUAUACACGAAUGGGAACGAGACGUACACCUUCGUCCCUGCGGAACCGGUCGGCGCGCGUUCUCUAACCAUCUACCGAAACUCGGGCGACAUCGUCCUCAAUGCACCGAACGCGCCACUGCCCGUCACCGCUGAACGCUAUAGCAAGACAAUAUACGGCAUCUACGGGCUCAUCUCGCUCGCGCUCACGGACUAUAUCAUUGUCAUCACCGGGCGCGAGCUGCGCGGCCGGCUGAUGGGCCAUAACGUAUACCGCGCGACCGAAUACGAUAUCCUCCCGCUGAACCCGGAUGUCUCUGCCACAGCGCCGUCGCAUCCUGUCGAAUCGCACCUCCUCGCGCUCGUGCGCUCUCAUCUCGCGGGCGGGGCAUUUUUCUUUAGCUAUGCGUGGGACCUCACGCGGCGCUUGCAGGCGCAGUGGGCGACGCUGCGAGAGGAUGCUAACAGGCCGCUGUGGGAAGUGGCGGACGAUAGGUUCUUCUGGAACAGGUUCCUGCAGACACGGUUCAUCGAGGUCACAAGGAGCAAUCCUGACCAAAAUCUCAGUGCUUACAUUCUGCCGCUGUUGUACGGAUCAUUUGACGUUCGAGGCGAGAACAUCAAUGGCCACCCACUGCGCAUUUGCCUCAUCAGCCGCCGCUCGAGGUAUCGCGCUGGAACGCGGUACUUCCGUCGAGGUAUCGACCGGGACGGGCGCGCUGCGAACUUCAACGAGACGGAACAGAUUCUCUUGGUUGGGCCGGAUGAUACGAGCGUCCAGUUGAGCUUUGUUCAGACUCGCGGCAGCGUUCCGGUGUUUUGGGCUGAGGUGAAUACGCUGCGGUAUAAGCCGGACCUUCAGAUCAUGGACCUGCAGGAGACGGUCAACGCUACCCGGAAGCACUUGCUGGCGAACAUGUCGAUCUAUGGCGAGCAGACCCUGGUGAACCUCGUUGACCACGAAGGGCACGAAGGGCCGGUCAAGGAGGCGUACGAGCGUUCUAUCUCUGAGGCAGGUGUCCCCGAUUCCCGAUACGAGUAUUUCGACUUCCACAACGAGUGCAAGCAUAUGCACUGGGAUCGUAUUGAGGUGCUCUUAUCCAGAAUAGAAGAUGAUCUCAUACGCUAUGGCUACUUCCAUCUCGAAGCAUCAAAGCCUGAACCUGUGAUGGUGCAGAAGGGGGCUAUCCGGACUAACUGUAUGGACAAUCUCGACCGCACGAACGUCGCACAGUCCGCGAUUGCGAAGUGGAUACUGAACAGGCAGCUGUGCGCGCUGGGGAUCCUGCGUGAGAACGAUGUCAUCGAUAACUACCCGGAAGUGAUCAAAGACUUCCGAGAGAUGUGGGCGGAUCACGCAAACUUGAUCUCCAUCGCCUAUAGCGGGACCGGAGCGCUGAAGACUGACUUCACACGCACGGGCGAGCGCACACGCAAGGGGAUGCUGGAGGAUGGGUACAACUCUGUCAUGCGGUAUUUGAAGAACAACUUUUUCGAUGGCGCACGUCAGGAUGCAUUCGAUUUAAUGACUGGAGCAUUCGUGCCUCGGAGAGGUUGGGUGCCCUCGUCAUUGGUACGCGACCACAGACGUCUCAUUGUACGCGCAAUGCCCUACAUCUUUUAUUUCUCUCUGUUCAUGAUCUUUGCCGGGCUGACCCUCCCACGAACAUCUGACUACUCCCUCACCUAUUACUUCUUUCUCUGGUUUUCCCUCAUGUCAUUCUCAUUGGUCUUCAUCUUCGCGCACGGCGUGGAGUAUGUCAACUGGCCACGCCUCAUCCCGCUCACGCACAUCGUGUACUACUCUGGCCCCGGGUACCGAUCGGCCAACAGGGGCAAGGGGUUCAACGUUCCUGUGCUGGACCAGCUUAAGGCUUCCGCAGACGCAGGCGCGCGGAAGCUGGUGGAGGGGCACCAAAGAGCGAAGAGCAAGAUAGAAGAGAUAGAGAUGGGGGCGAAGGAGAGGGUUGAUUGAUUCUCGGCGUGAUGUCUCCGCUGGCCAUGUUAGGAGUCAGGACUCGGUAACUUGGUUAUUUAUAUCCCAUCGUGCACUCUGUUCUUUUGAUCCGCAGUCUCUGACUGUCCUCGCGCCAAGUGGGUCUUGGCCGGCGAUCAUGAAUCUAUGGCCUUGGGUUUCUCUUGGUGUGGGUGGUUCGGAACGGUGUCUUCUUUGAGAAGGUGGGCUCAUAGAGAAGUUUGGAAGCGGUGAUAGUGAUGUGGACCCACGAUUGUCCACAAGUGAGAGGAACGUUUAAGCUCGAGUGUAAGAGCUGGCAUGAUCACUGUUUC